AUGCCAUCAUAUAUGAAGUUUUUGAAGGACAUAUUGACAAAGAAGAGGAAACUGGAGUACUUUGAGACAAUUACACUGACUAAGGAGUGUAGUGGAAUAAUCCAGAACAAGUUUCCACCAAAGCUUAAGGACCUAAGGAGUUUUUCUAUCCUUUGCUCAAUUGGUAAUUUUAAUUUUUCAAAAGUUUUGUUUGAUUUAGAUGCUGGUGUCUCAAUUAUGUCUUUGUCUAUUGCUAGAAGAAUUAAACUGAAUGAGAUUCAACCCACUACAAUCACCUUGCACCUAGCUGACAAAACGAUAAGGCACCUUUAUGGGGUGAUAGAAAAUGUCCUGUUUAAAGUUAGGACAUUGUUCAUUCUAGUAGACUUCAUGGUACUUGAGAUGGAGGAGAAUCAAAAGGUUCUAAUCAUACUAGGACAUCCAUUCUUAGCCAAUGUAGGCGCAUUAAUAGAUGUAAGGGAAGAUAGAAUAACUUUCAUAGUUGAAGAGGAGGUAAUUGAAUUUACUCUUUUCAAUGCAACAAGAGUCCUUCAACCACAACUUAUUGCAAUAGAGUGGACUUAG